AUGGCCACCACUCGCUCGCUGGGCCUACACGAGCCUUCGGCCGUUUCAUACCUCGUCACGGAAGGAAUCCUACCCCCAGACCCUUCGGAAGACCAAUACAAAUGGACGACAUGUGUGGACGAAAAUGGCUCGACAGGUCCGGUGGAUGACGAGCUGGUUUGGACAAAGCAUUGCGUGGUAUGGUCUCGUGCGGGCGUGGUAAAACGAAUAUUUCGACUGGACCCGGAGAAAGAGGAUAUUCGACAUGCUCUAUUCACUCAGUUCGCUGCGGGAUAUGUCAAGCGCUCUGUGCAUGAAAGUGCAACCACCACGGCUUCAAAUCGUUAUCGCACGACCGGCACAACAACGACUGCGCGGGCAGGAGGACAAAACAAGCGAAAUGGAGGCAAAUCGACUCUGGCAAGUUCGGGAUCAACAUUGGACUUGCAUGGGGAUGCUCGGGUCGCUGUGGUCGCUCCGCAGCAGCCCAACGAGAAGCUAUCUCGAGCUUUGGUCGUGGUCCUCAAGUCACAGGCACAUAUCUUCUUCCUCGCAGGGAAUAGCCAUACAAUUCCUCUACCAUUUGAGGUCGAAUCUGUGUUUGCGACUCCUCGGGGCUUGCUCUUUCAGAGAAAAAUACCCGACGAGCCGCCUAGGCCUCUAAACUUAACUGCACCUCCCAACUCCUUCAUGACCGGUGCCUCGUUAUUCGACCCUGGCGCAUCGCAGUCUUCUGGAGUACCACGGCCACUCCCCAGCAAAGGAAAACGACAGUCAUUAAAACUUCCCUCGCUUCAGAGCUCCACAUGGGGUCCCAAUCCCAGUGCCACCUCAGAUCUUCCCCGAGUCUUUUCGCUCAUCGACCCUCAUUCAGAGAUGGGCUUGGUGGUGACAUCGGCAGCCUCGCGGGGCUUCCAGAGCAGUAUCAGCAGCGCCACACGGCGACGACCAUCGGGCUUGGAUGUUCUAGAUCCUGCAGAUGAGAUUGUGUACAUUUCUCCCAAGGACGAGCUGUCAAGUCAGGGGCAACAAGAGACAACUGGCCCAUUGAUAUUAGUUCUUACAAUGAACACCAAUACUGGACUAUACACCGUUUGGACUGCGAGAUACAGAGAAGAUGAAAUUGACGGAUCUGCUCAGGAUAAGGCCCGCCGGCACACUGAAGGCACUCGUUCCAAAAGACGAAGCUCGCACUUUGGAAUGACCACUGGUGCCACCACGCCCGCUGCUCGUCCGCCUGCCGGCCGCGAGAGCUUCGGACCGUGGACCGAAAAUUGGGCCUCGUCUCAGCAACCUGAGAACAAGAAUGAUGCUGAGGACGACUUGGUCUCAAGAGUUGCCCAAGAUUUCGGAGACGUCGGUGUGCCUCUCAAAACAUCUAGACGAGUCAGCUCUUUGCUUGCACGAACAGAUCUUGCCACCAGUCAGGACCGCAUUACAUUCUCCGACCUUGCUACAGGCAGCCAGUCAAACGCCGCGCCUCAUCAUGGUGGACUCCGACAGUCUAUCGGAGCCGCUAGCGCCAGAGGAAGCUUCGGUUUUAACCCUCGUGCAUCCCUCCCUCCAGCAGCAGGGUCUAUCUACAGCACCGCAGGAAGUUUUGUGGAUGCUCCAGUGGACAGGCUGCUGGAAGAGCUUAACAGCGGUGGUUUGUCUGAAGGAUUCGAGAACAUUGCCCUUCGUGAAUCAGCUUCGGGCUUGCCGGAAGAGCUCCUAUUGUCCAAGGUAGAGAGUUUCUCAGCUAUGUUCUCUGGCAGUUUCCGCGGAUCAAUUCAGCACGUAUCGUCCCGCCAUCUGAGAGUAUGUACGCUGUCCUCAUCAGACUAUACCAGCACGCAGAAUGGAAAUGUCAGAUCAGUGGCAAUCUGCAUUGUGGAUCAAGACUCACAAAACAUGAGCAUUGUGAAUUUGAGAGCAGAGCGAGUGGCUACAUCCAAAAGUCGAAAGAUGGCCAAAAAGACUAGAACAGAAAAGAGGCGUCCGUUACUAGUUCACGCAACUGGUAUCCAGCAUAUUCCUAACGUUUGGGAUGCAUGCAGUGUCACCGAUGGUGAGACCUCGCGAAUUCUCACAUUGACUGUCCUAGAGAAUGGCCAGCGGGAGCUGUCUCUGCAGACUCUAUGGGGCAGUCCAACCAAGAUCGAUAUCCCUUGCCCAUUACAGCUGUUUGAACCCCAUGGGGUGUCUGCCAGCAAACUUGUGAAUCGCUCGAGAGAAAGCGGCGUCAAUCGAGUCAUGGCAGAUCCCGAUCUCGUUUUCAAUGCAUUUGACCAUAGCUGCUCCCGAGGAAAGGUCGACUUGAUUGAUACGGAAAAGCAGCGUCAUAGACUUCAAAUCCGGAUGGAACCUCGUAAUGAGCUCGUCAAGAAAAUCCUCAACGUCUGCAAGUUCGUUCUUCGUGACACCGAGAAAGCAGGAGAUGGCAUGCUGGUAGCUUGGUGGGAGGUCAUCAAGUGGCUUCAGGGGAGAGAGGAAGUUGAAAAUGAUCUUGAAUGGACUGCUAUGGUCAUAGUCCUAUUCUCUCUAGCAGUGCCCUUCAUCAAACAGUCUCAACCUCAGACUCCAGCCAGACGGACGCGCCGAAAAAAGGGCCUCCUACGGUCAAGCAGCGGCAGCUAUAUUGACUUGGAGAGCUGGGAAGCCAUGCUUGAUCUGGAGUCUGGAUCAUCCGGGGUCGUCGCCCCAUGGAUGAACAGCAGUGCAUGGGGCUGGAUCGUUGAACAAGAUGCAAUCGCAGACAUGGCAGCCCGGGAAGCAACCCGUACGCCAAAGAAUGAACAGCCAAAUGCAAGCCGGUCAACUUAUCGCCACAACUCUUACCUCCUUCGAUGCAUGUCUCUGAGUCGGGAAUUCCUACAGAGUCCCUUGGGUGCAAGAGCCACUGGCCGUGACGGAUAUUUGCCAAUUUCUGGGGCCUUUGCCGAGAACACAAGAUGCACAGCAUUGGGUACCAUCCUGGUCGGCCUUCAUCUUCUACGAGAGGAGCAGAAGCUUUCCACAUCCGACACUGAGGAGUCUCAACAGCCGUUGGGCCUGCUUGCCCCUAUCCUUGCACAACUGGGUGGUUGGUUAGGCUGGCAGUCCUGGAACUGGAGUGAAGAUUCCUAUUAUGGCACCGAGAUGGCCAGUAUGGAACGUUGGCAGUUUGAAGAUACCCGUAUCACUCAGCUCAAUUUCCCUGCUGAACCAUUCCCACCUCCGUCAAUCUUUUCUUUCCUCAUCGAAGCUACACGCCAAGGACCGUCGCCAUUCCUCACACUCCUUGACGUUGUCAACGCUUCGGACCGGACCCCUAGAAAGGGCCGACUUUGGAAAGAGUGUUUCAAUGUCACUCCCAGAUCACUGGCUUUGACUGGCUUCCUCUCUGACGUUCAUCGUGUGUCGACACCUUUGGAAAAGAUUCAGCUCCUUCAUCGCUGGGGAUUGACCAAGAGCAUUAUCGAUACCUUCCCGGAAGGCGUUAGCGCCCCGUUGUAUGAAGCCGUGAUGCACUGUCAAAAUGAGGCAUCAACCUCUUGGAACGCCACGCUUCUAGAGCUCAUUGAUCGAGAAGAUCUGUACAUGUCGAUGAACCCAGUGCAGGCCAAAUCAUUCGCAGUACCUCAGCAACCCGUGGUUUCUCAUGACGCCCUCCGUGAUUUCCACAACAUCAGCAGUUCAUCAUUGGAAAUCGAUGCCAACCACGCCUUUGAGGCUUCCGCGGAGGCUGACCGGUUCUCUGUGACUAGGCUCGUCUUCCGUGAAGAUAGGCGCUACGUAGAGGCAGGUCGACUCUUGAAUCAGUCUAGAGCCCCCGUGGCAGACUGUGUACCCGAGCCUGAGUGGACAGAUUCGGAACUUCUUGAGGCUCAGAAGGAAAUUGUGCAGCUUGUCUCAUUCCGCACUUUGUCAACUCCUGCAGGCCGCGGCAUGCUAUAUUUCAGCGGCCGCCUACCGUUGCUGACUGAAAAGCUUCCUAUUCCGUCAUUCUCUUUACAGUGCGUGAUGAAGCCAUCUAACGUCACCGUGAGUGCCGAAAGGAGCGCGUUCACCGAAGAAAAGGUCUGCUGGGCCUUCUUCCACAACGGUGUAUCUACUGGGUUGGCUAUCUCCAAGGCAUCCAAGGGAAUUGACACCUCAUGGAUCCUGUUCAACAAGCCUGGAGAGCUCACCAACCGGCAUGCCGGGUUCUUGCUUGCUCUCGGUCUGAAUGGCCACCUCAAGAAUCUGGCCAAAUGGGUUGCUUUCAAGUACUUGACUCCCAAGCAUACCAUGACCUCUAUUGGCCUCCUGCUCGGUCUUUCUGCCUCGUACCUGGGCACCAUGGACACCUUGAUCACUCGCCUUCUUUCAGUUCAUGUCUCAAGAAUGCUACCAAUGGGUGCUGCCGAGCUUAAUUUGUCGUCUCUCACUCAAACUGCGGGUAUUAUGGGAAUUGGCUUGCUCUACUGUGGCUCUCAGCACCGACGUAUGAGCGAAGUGAUGCUAUCGGAGAUCGAGAACACUGAACAGGAUGAGCAGUCCGGAUCCCAGGAAGACUUGCGAGAUGAAGGAUACCGCCUGGCUGCUGGAUUUGCGCUGGGAAUUAUCAAUCUCGCCAAGGGCAAGGACUUACGAGGCAUGCGGGACAUGCACAUUGUUGAGCGCCUGUUAUCAAUCGCCGUGGGCACCAAGCAUGUUGAUCUCGCCCAUGUGUUGGAUCGCGCCACCGCCGGUGCAACAAUUGCGCUGGCCAUCAUCUUCAUGAAAACUAACGAUCAGGUUCUGGCCCAGAAGAUUGAUAUCCCCGAUACUACCGUUCGCUUCGACUAUGUCCGCCCUGAUCUCUUCCUUUUGCGUACUUUGGCACGCCAUCUCAUCAUGUGGGAUAGCAUCAAGCCCGACAGCAAGUGGAUCAAUGCCAGUCUACCAAAAGUGUAUCAACGACGAGCCCGACUUGGAGGGGUGUCUCAAUUACGGAGUGAGGACAUGCCUUUCUUCAACAUCAUCGCCGGUCUCUGCUUUGCUCUAGGUCUUCGCUAUGCCGGCUCGGGCAACCAUCAAGCCCGCGAUUUACUACUGUUCUACCUGGACCAGUUCAUUCGCAUCUCGCGUCUCCCAGUGCUCAACUAUGAUGCCAGGCUUGCACGUAAUUCGGUUAGGAACUGUCAAGAUAUCGUGUCUUUGUCUGCGGCGGCUGUCAUGGCCGGCACCGGUGAUCUGGCUUUGUUCCGGCGACUGCGCGCUCUCCAUGGGCGAGUCGACCCUGAUACACCCUACGGUAGCCACAUGGCCGCACACAUGGCUAUCGGCAUGCUUUUCCUCGGCGGCGGCAGCUAUACCCUGGGUACAUCCGACUUGGGCGUAGCGGCGCUCCUCUGCGCCUUCUAUCCCAUCUUCCCCACCAGCGUCCUCGACAACAAAUGCCACCUCCAAGCCUUCCGUCACCUCUGGGUCCUCGCCGCAGAGCCACGGUGCCUGGUGCCUCGAGAUCUCGAUACCCGCCGACCCAUCUCUAUCCCCAUCACCAUUACCUCAGACGGCGGUGCCACACGCACCCUCACCGCACCCUGCCUCCUCCCUGAUCCAAGCGAAAUAACCCGCAUCGAAGUCCGCGGCCCAGACCACUGGCCUCUUGUGCUAGACUUCAGCCAAGACGACGCCCUCCGCGACAAAUUCCGCCAAGGCGACCCAUCCGUCUACCUCCGCCGCAAAGCCACCUACAGUCCCUCAAGUACAUCCACCUCCAUUUUCGCCUCAACACUCACCGGCCUCAGCGAAGCACAAGAUAUCCUCCCGGCCUCCUCUGCAGCCGCAGCCGCAAAUCCAGCCAAGGGCCUCCCGCCCUCAACAUACCCCAACCACACAACCUUACUCUCCGGCUCACUGGCCACAGCCGCAACUCCCUCCCAGUCACCCUGGGACUGGAUAUUUGCCCUCCCAUCUCUGCAGGGAUUGGACAUCCGUGAACGCUCUCUCGUUCUACCGUCAUCCUUCCCAACGCCCUCAACACGAAUCAACAAGCAACUUAUCACUGCGCCGCCCUGGCUGCGCACGUCGGCUGUUGAUACUAGACUCGCUUUGACCCAGACUGUGCGUAAUAUUGUCCAGGCUGCGCGUGGUCGGGGCGCGGACCCGGAUGAAGUCCGUGAUCGGGUUUGGCAACUUCGUCUUUUGUUUGAUUGGCUGGAUCGUGUGCAGGCUGGUGAUGAGCGGGAGAUAUCUGCUGGAGAAGAGCAAGUGCAAGCCCAGAAUCAGACGUCGGGUCUGUGGUUGAGGAGGGAUUUCAUCGAGGAGGCGAGGUGGCAGAUUUGGGGGGUGCAGAGUGAGGAUCACGGGGAUGGAGUCGAUGCUGCUUGA